GGGGGAUUUUUGGGGUUCUCUUCCUCUUCCCGACGACCGCCGCGCCCAAAUUUCUCGAUCACCAGCACUGCAGUUUCUCCUUUUCAGCUUUCUUCGUCUCCUUCUUCACCUCAAUCCCCGCUACCUUCUUCGUUCGCAACUCUCACUUGUCAUUUGUCGCAUAGAAACACUCCUCAUAGCAUUGCGAGGAAGGUUUAUCCAUGGGUGACGCUAGCGACACGCUUCGCAUACUUGUAGCUACGGACUGCCACCUUGGCUACAUGGAGAAGGACGAAAUACGACGUCACGACUCAUUUCAAGCAUUUGAUGAAAUCUGCUCAAUAGCUGAGCAGAAGCAGGUUGACUUUUUAUUACUUGGCGGCGAUCUUUUCCACGAGAAUAAGCCAUCGAGAUCAACGUUAGUUAAGGCUAUUGAGAUUCUCCGUAGACACUGUCUCAAUGAUCUGCCAGUGCGGUUUGAAGUUGUCAGCGACCAGACCGUUAAUUUUCAGAAUGUAUUUGGUCAUGUGAAUUAUGAAGAUCCUCACUUCAAUGUGGGCUUGCCGGUUUUCAGCAUUCAUGGAAAUCACGAUGAUCCAGCAGGCGUGGACAACCUUUCUGCAGUUGAUAUUCUUUCAGCGUGUAAUCUUGUCAACUACUUUGGAAAAUCUGUUCUCGGUGGUUCUGGUGUUGGACAGAUUAAUGUCUACCCUAUUCUUAUCAAGAAGGGUUCAACAGCUGUGGCUCUGUAUGGUCUGGGGAACAUUAGAGAUGAAAGGCUCAAUAGGAUGUUUCAAACACCACAUGCUGUGCAGUGGAUGCGGCCUGAAUCUCAGGAAGGAUGUCAGGUGUCUGAUUGGUUUAACAUUUUGGUACUUCAUCAGAACAGAGUGAAAGCGAAUCCAAAAAAUGCAAUAAAUGAGCACCUUCUGCCUCGUUUCCUGGACUUCAUUGUGUGGGGGCAUGAACAUGAAUGUUUGAUUGACCCACAGGAAGUUCCCGGGAUGGGAUUUCAUAUUUCACAACCAGGUUCUUCAGUUGCCACAUCACUGAUUGAUGGAGAAUCAAAACCAAAACAUGUACUUCUUCUGGAAAUAAAGGGCAAUCAGUAUCGUCCAACUAAAAUACCUCUCACGUCUGUGAGGCCUUUUGAGUAUACUGAGAUUAUAUUAAAGGAUGAGCCUGAUAUUGAUCCCAAUGAUCAAAAUUCAGUUCUUGAACACUUGGACAAAGUGGUUGAAAAGCUGCUAGAGAAAUCAAGUAAGAAGGCUGUCAAUAGAGCAGAACUUAAACUUCCACUAAUACGUAUCAAGGUAGACUACUCGGGAUUUAUGACUAUAAAUCCUCAAAGAUUUGGGCAGAAAUAUGUGGGGAAGGUUGCAAAUCCCCAAGACAUUCUCAUAUUUUCAAAGUCUACAAGAAGGGAAAAGGGCGAAGGUAAAAUUGGUGAUUCAGAACUACUCCGUCCAGAAGAAUUAAAUCAGCAAACCAUAGAAGCAUUGGUUACUGAAAAUAAUCUGAAAACAGAGAUACUUCCUGUCAAUGAUUUGGGCAUUGCGUUACACGAUUUCGUGGACAAGGAUGAGAAAAUGGCAUUCUAUUAUUGUGUGAAAUACAAUCUUGAUGAAACACGAAACAAAAUUGCCAAGGAUCUUGACACUGUGAAGUUUGAAGAGGAAGAUUUGAUUGUUAAAGUUGGAGAGUGCUUGGAGGAACGUGUCAAGGAGAGAUCCAUCCGUGGCAAGGAUCCUACACAGUUCACUUAUAGUGCUCAACCAUCGGAGGAAUUCCGAAGCAGAAGUGCUGCUGGAUUGGAAAGUGCAGUUUCCUUUAGUGAUGAUGAAGAUGCCAUGCAGAUAUCUGGCUCAAAGCCAAGCACUAGAGGUCGUAAAGGGUCCUCUGGAAUCUCAAACUCCUUCAAGGGGGAGGGGGAGGGGCAGGGGCAGGGCAGGGGCAGGGGUAGGAGUUCCAGCGCCAUGAAGCAGACAACUCUUGAUGCAUCAUUAGGGUUUCGCUCAUCUCAGAGGUUUGCAUCAGGGAGUGUUGCUGAUGAUGAUUCUGCUUCUAGUGAAGAUGCUGGAAAAAAUGAAGUAGAAGAGAUUGAUGGCAGUUCGGAAAAUGAAGGGGAGCUCCCAGGAAGGAAAAGGGCUGCUUCAAAGGGACGAGCUAGAGGAUCUAAUCAGGCUUCUAAAAGAGGAAGGAAAUCAGAUAACUCUUCAAUCCAUAAAAUGUUCAUGAACAAUGAUGACGAUGACGAUGACGAAGACAAUGUUAGAAAGAAAUUGAAUAAGUUACCUCGGGUAACAAAAAACUAUGGAGCUUUAAGAAGGUGAUCAUCGGGUUAACUAUUUCCCAAAGGUCUUGCUCGCUAUACAUAGUAUUAAUUACCCGAUAAAUUACCUUGUAUAAAACUUUUUGAUUAUGUCUAGUAGCGGGAAAUCAAGUGAUGAAGGGGCUGGGCACAGUUGAGAGUAACAAACGGAAUGGGUGAACCCUAGUAGUCUAGGUUAUCCUACAUGCUCUCUCCGCCCUCCCGCGAAAUUUACUAGUGAUUCAUACUCCAGAAACAUUUAAAUGGUUAGAACUCGGAUGCAUGAUGUUUAUCAAGUUUAAAUGAUUUAUUGUUUUUCGUUGGCAAAAAAUAAUUAUUGUUUUUGUAA